UCAGCUAAGAAAGCAAAAGCUAAAAAUGGGAAAGGGACUGAGCUUGUUGCUGCUAGUACUUGUCGUAUGCCAUGGAGUGACAAUGGCAAUGGCGUACCAAGGAGAGAAGGAAUGGGAGCGAGAAGGAGAAACAGAAAGGAGGGAAGAGAAGGGUGAAGAAGCAGGAAAAGGAGAGGAAUGGUUCUUGUUUCCAGACUCAAAGCCUGUGAUGAAAACUGAUGCUGGAGAAAUGAGGGUGGUUAAAAGUCUUGGAGGGAGGAUUAUUGAAAAGCCAUUGCACAUUGGGUUCAUUACAAUGGAGCCUAAAACUCUUUUUAUUCCUCAGUAUCUUGACUCCAGUUUGAUUCUCUUCGUUCGUAGAGGGGAAGCCAGGGUAGGCUGCAUCUACAACGAUCAGAUGGUAGAGAGGCGAAUGAAGAUCGGAGACGUGUAUCAUAUCCCAGCUGGUUCAACAUUCUACAUUUUGAACCCAGGGGAGGGGCAGAGGCUUCACAUCAUUUGCAGCAUUGAUCCCUCUGAAAGUUCGCAAUUGGGUACUUUCCAGUCUUUCUUUAUUGGCGGAGGAACCUAUCCAACAUCUAUCCUUGCUGGCUUUGGUCCUGAAACUCUCUCAACAGCCUUCAACGUCUCAGUGUCGAAACUAACGGGGAUUUUGAGCCAGCAGCAGGAGGGGCCAAUUGUAUAUCUGACCGAGUCUCGCGCACCAAGCAUUUGGACAAAAUUCUCUCAACUUCAAGAGCAAGAUAGACUGAAACACCUGAAGAAAUUGAUCCAAGAAGAACCUAAUCAAGAGGAAGAGCAGCCAACCGAGUGGUCAUGGAGGAAACUCUUUGACUCAUUUUUCGGAAGCGAAGACAAAAAUAUCAAGGACAAAGCCCCAGACUGUUACAACAUCUACAAGAGAAGCCCUGACUUCAAGAACAACUAUGGAUGGAGCAUUGCGCUUGAUGGAUCCGAUGACAACCCUCUCAAAUACUCUGGCAUCGGCAUUUAUCUUGUCAGUCUUACUGCGGGGUCAAUGUUGGCACCCCAUGUGAAUCCAAUAGCAACCGAGUACGGUAUUGUAUUAAGGGGAACUGGUAGAAUACAGAUUGUGUAUCCAAAUGGAACCUUAGCCUUGGACGCCAAGGUAAAAGAAGGUGAUGUAUUUCGGGUGCCAAGAUACUUUGCUUUCUGUCAAAUAGCAUCACGAGCAGGCCCUUUCGAGUUCUUUGGAUUCACUACCUCAUCGUGCAAGAACCGGCCUCAGUUCCUUGUGGGUUCAAACUCACUUCUCCACACUCUCAGCAGCCCUGAGCUUGCAGCAGCGUUUGGUGUAACCCAGAAGAGGAUGAGACGUGUUAUCAAUGCGCAACGUGAAGCUGUGAUCCUUCCUUCGGCAGAAGCAGCACCAGCUGGGGAGGAAGAUGAGAAGAAGAGAGUGAACUUUGAGGCAGUGCCAAAGGUGAUCAAGAACUUGGGCAGUGAAAUGAUUAUGGGUUUUGAUGAGGGAGAAGUUUGAUGGGCUUAGUUGAUAAGAUGGAAAUGUUGGUCGCAGGCUAGCUAGGAAGCUUGGUGUUAGUUUUUAUUUCGUCUUUUUGGCUUUCGCUUCUCUUCAGGGUUUUGCCAACGAGUUUUUCCACGAGUUGUGAAUAAAACCACUGUGCUUUUCUUUUCGCCCCUGGACCGGACCGGAAUCAGUGUCUUGUUUUGC